AGUCCGGUACUCGGCGGGUGAUGGAAAGGGCGUGAACACCUGGGUCCUAGGAGUAGCCUAGACAGGGACUCCUACUGCUCCUCCUCGGAUCCCGCGCCGCGCCCCCGCCCUUGCCCUUCCCUGAUUGCGCUGUCAGUCCCCAUUAGCGCUAACAGGCUCCAGACGGAGCGGGUCGGGCGCUGGGUUAAUGCAAUCGGCGCGUUACCUGGGGCGAAGGCUACAUUACCAGGCGGCCCCCGCCUGGCGCGGCCAAAGCCUUUCAGCCCGCGCCGCCGCCGGACUCCCUGCGCCGCCAGCGCUCUCCCGGCUGCGCCCGAGCGCCACGCGGGGGAGCCCAGCCCCAACCUGCGCCCCAGAGCUUGCCCAGGCGCGGCGGGUCCGGGGCAGGCAGGGCGCACAGCACUUGGGAUCUCCUCUCUGCAGGACACACUUCAGCGUCCCCAGUCUUGCUCAAGCCCCUCUCGCCAACCGCACUCAUGCUUCUGGCGCGGAUGAACCCGCAGGUGCAGCCGGAGAGCAGCGGCUUGGAUCCCGGUCCGGACAAGCCCCUGCGGGCGCGCAAAACGGCGGAACUAGUGGUAGUGAAAGAACGCAACGGCGUCCAAUGCGUCCUAGCGCCCCACGGCGGCGACGCGCAGCCCCGGGAGACGUGGGGCAAGAAGAUCGACUUCUUGCUGUCGGUGGUCGGCUUUGCGGUAGACCUGGCUAACGUGUGGCGCUUCCCCUACCUCUGCUACAAGAACGGCGGCGGUGCCUUCCUGAUCCCUUACACGCUGUUCCUGAUCAUUGCUGGGAUGCCUCUCUUCUACAUGGAGUUGGCUCUGGGCCAGUACAACCGGGAGGGGGCAGCCACAGUGUGGAAGAUCUGCCCAUUCUUCAAAGGAGUCGGCUAUGCUGUGAUCCUCAUCGCACUCUACGUUGGCUUCUACUAUAACGUCAUCAUUGCAUGGUCACUCUACUACCUCUUCUCCUCCUUCACCUUCAACCUGCCCUGGACUGAAUGUGGCCAUGCCUGGAACAGCCCCAACUGCACUGACCCCAAGCUCCUCAAUGGCUCCGUACUGGGCAACCACACGAAGUACUCCAAGUACAAGUUCACACCGGCAGCAGAGUUCUAUGAGCGCAGCAUGCUCCACCUUCAUGAGAGUGACGGAAUUCACAACAUUGGCCUGCCACAGUGGCAGCUCUUGCUUUGUCUGAUGGUCGUUGUCAUCAUCCUGUUUUUUAGCCUCUGGAAAGGUGUGAAGACAUCAGGAAAGGUUGUGUGGAUCACGGCCACGCUACCAUACCUCGUGCUGUUUGUGCUCCUGGUCCAUGGCAUCACGCUGCCCGGAGCCUCCAACGGCAUCAACGCCUACCUGCACAUUGACUUCUACCGUUUAAAAGAAGCCACGGUUUGGAUUGAUGCUGCAACUCAGAUAUUUUUUUCCUUGGGAGCUGGAUUUGGUGUUUUGAUUGCAUUUGCCAGUUACAACAAAUUUGACAACAACUGUUAUAGGGAUGCCCUGCUGACCAGCACUAUCAACUGUGUCACCAGCUUCAUCUCUGGGUUUGCCAUCUUUUCUAUCCUUGGUUAUAUGGCCCAUGAACACAAGGUCAACAUUGAGGAUGUUGCCACUGAAGGAGCUGGCCUUGUCUUCAUCCUGUACCCAGAAGCCAUUUCCACUCUGUCGGGGUCCACGUUCUGGUCUGUUGUGUUCUUCAUCAUGCUCCUGGCUCUGGGCAUUGACAGUUCGAUGGGAGGCAUGGAGGCAGUCAUUACCGGGCUGGCUGACGACUUCCAGGUCCUCAAGAGACACCGGAAACUCUUCACAUUUGGCAUCACCUUUGGUACCUUCCUCCUGGCACUGUUUUGCAUAACCAAGGGAGGGAUCUACGUGUUGACCCUGCUGGACACCUUUGCAGCCGGGACCUCCAUCUUAUUUGCUGUGCUCAUGGAAGCCAUUGGAGUUUCCUGGUUCUAUGGUGUGGACAGAUUCAGCGAUGACAUCCAGCAGAUGAUGGGCUUUAAGCCAGGCCUCUAUUGGAGACUAUGCUGGAAGUUUCUCAGCCCUGCCUUCCUGCUGUUUGUAGUGGUGGUCAGCAUCAUCAACUUCAAACCGCUCACCUACGAUGACUACAUCUUCCCCGUCUGGGCCAAUUGGGUCGGUUGGGGCAUCGCCCUGUCUUCCAUGGUCCUGGUGCCUGCUUACAUCAUCUACAAGUUCCUCAGCACACGGGGCACCCUUUGGGAGAGACUGGCCUAUGGCCUCACACCGGAGAAUGAGCACCACCUAGUGGCCCAGAAGGAUGUCAGGCAAUUCCAGCUACAACACUGGUUGGCCAUCUGAACCUGGCCCCGAGGAGGAACCCCACCUGCCAAAGUCCGGGUCA